AGAUCGAAGCUUCUCUUUGACCAAUCAUCACCCAAAGGAAACCCACGCCGAACGUAGGAAGGACCACUGGAGGGAUUAAUCAAGAGGUGAUGUGGGGAUGUUUUAUGUAUACUCCACCUAAAACGCGCCAUCGCGAUUAUUUCCAAGUGGGCCGUUGAUGUUUGCAAGUCAGCUCAUCAAUUCGUAAAUUAUCGUCCAUCUCGUAACUGGCCCCGAUGGAUUCUGCGCGUGAGACGACUCCCCAUGCGGACCCAACCCACCAGUCUUCAACCCUCGACAGUCAUGCUGCUCGCGCCCAGCCGACGAUCCACAUCGUGACCCAGGACGAAUGCUUCAAGCACGUGUUUCGCCGGACCAAGGAGCGCUCGACGAUCUACGAGCGGCCCGAGCGGCUGCGGUUCGUCAACCUCGGCCUCGCCGCCGCCCUCGCUUGGGAUUCCCUGCACUACCUUUCACCCGCCCGUCUGCUGGCCCCGGCUACCUCUCACGAGCCCUCAAUCACCACCCCGCUCGUCCUGACUCCCCUCGUCACCUUCACCAAAACUACCAGGAAACUCUCCACUCUCGAUCCCGCGUUCGCGCAAAUACACGACCAGCCUAAUCGUCCGUCCUCCCCCGAACCCGCCAGCUCUUCCGACUCGCAAGCUCAUCCAGAUAGAUUCGCUUCCUUCCAUGCCUCCAAUAGCUAUCUAGAACAACUUGUUGGCUUGUGUUUACAAGCCUCGGAACUCAAUCUGCUUGGCCUAUCCGAGGUACCUCAGCAUUUACCGCAAGGAGACCUUUAUCUUUCACCAGGCAGUGAGGCGGCCAUCUUAGGCUCGAUCGGCGCCUGCUAUACGGCCAUCGAUUCCGUCCUCAAACCCGAACCGAAGAAGGAGGAAGCUGAACAAUCCCCGAAGUACAAGAAGGCAUUUGUCAACAUCCGUCCGCCGGGGCAUCAUUGCACGAACUCGGAGCCGAUGGGCUUCUGUUGGGUCAAUAAUGUGCUCAUCGGCUGCAUGUACAGUUACCUUACCUACGACAUCGACCGGAUCUGCAUCGUCGAUAUCGAUCUGCAUCACGGGAACGGCAGCCAGGAGAUCGUCUGGCGCAUCAAUGAACAGGUCGCCCUCCAGCCGGAGUCGUCGGGGAAGCGCAGACUCAUGAUCAGCUACAGUUCUCUCCAUGACAUCAACUCCUACCCCUGUGAGGACGGCGACCCCGUUAGAAUCAAGGACGCCUCCCUCAAUAUCUGUGUCGGCAACGCGAUCAAUCAGUUUAUCCAGAAUCUUCACCUCGAGGACUGGGUUGAUGAGUCGGACUUCUUCGGCAGACUGUACCCCAAGACCUGGCAGGCUUUCGAGCAACACAUGUCCGCCUUCUUCCGGAUCUCAAACGCCGAUCCAGAUCAUUCUCUGAUCUUUGUCAGUGCAGGAUUCGAUGCGUGCGAGCAUGAGAGCGAAGAUAUGUCCCGAUACGCGAAGAAGCUACCCACCUCGUUCUUCAACCGAUUUGCGCGAGAUAUCAGUCGAUUCUCCGAGGCCCGUUGUCACGGCAGACUGAUAUCAGUGCUCGAGGGUGGGUACAGCGAGCGGGCGUUGACGGGGAGCAGUCUGAGCUACAUGCUUGGGCUGAUGGGCCGAGAGACUGGGGCCGAGACGGUAGGGCCGGCGUGGGGUGGAGGACGGUUAGAGCGGUUGAUUCGGCUCUGCAAACGGACGGAGUCCGUGCGCCGGGGCCAGACGAAGGGCUUGGAGGAGCCGGAUGUUGACGAGCUGGCAUGGCUCACGGAGACCCGACGGAUCUUCGAGGCCGUCGACGGCUUCGGCCAGGCCCAGAACGAGCUCAAGACCGUCGCUCGCCGCGAGCAGAAACAGCGCCUUCUCCAGCAGAACCUCGGCCUCCUCGACGCCCGCUCGCCCGACGGACCCCGGCGCAGUCAACGCCAUGCCAGUGGCUCCAAGCCUAGCCCGGCCAAGCCCGACCCUCAUCCCCGCCAUCCCAGUGCCCCCUCCAAGACCCUUCCUACCAGCCCAGCCAUCGAUCCCCCACGUCCCGCGGCUCCCCCGAGCCCCUCUUCCGAUCACUCUUCCCCUCUCACAUCCGAGCCGGAAUCUUCGACUGAUGAACCUCCCGUCAUAUCUACUACCGCUCCCGGCUCAUCCAUCGACAACUUGUUCUCCAAUCUCCAACUCGGACCUGACGUCCGUCCUCCUUCUUCUCCCCCACCUCAUCCCGUCUCUUCUUCUUCUUCUUCUACUACUGCUGCUGCUCAACAACAACCACAACAACAGCUUCCUAAACUCAAGCUUGUUUGGAAAGCCGGCGGCGUCCUCGGAACGUCUCAGAACAACAACCAAUCCACCACUCAAUCGGGUCCAUCUGAUGGCCAGAAAUAAUCCUGUUUUUUUUUUCUUUCUCAAGUGCCGUUUGGAUCUCCUAUAUCAAUUGGAUGAUCGCCCUUCAAUCUUCUACUAUGAAAUCAAUUCUGGUGCUCUCGAUUUUUUUGAUUCACUCAGCGUUUUUGUCUCCCGAGCUUUGUGUUUCGUGGAGAUCAAUGAAUCCGUCCCGGGGGCCGGGUUGUUUGGGUCUCUCAUUUCCGCCCACUCUUAUCUCCUUGCUUUUUUUCUUUCUUCUCUCCCUUGUUGUUGUUGUUGCUUUUACAAUCAUUGUUGUUGUUCUUCUUUUUUUUUUUUUUGUCCUGGUCUCCCUUUCAUCUCAUUUCAUUUUGUUUCAUUUGGGUCAUUUGUGGAAGAAUGAGUGAAAUUACUUGGCUAAAGACGUGUCUGGUUCUUAUGUGCUCUUGUCUCUUUCUAAGCAAUUCGGAUGGUGAUGGAACAAAUGGGAAAAAAAAUCGCUCUUAGGUUGGAAGAAAAGGUCUGGAAAGUGAUC